AAAAUUUUAUAAUUUAUAAAUAAAUGACUGUUGAUAAUUGUUCUGUGUAAUAUAAAAUAAUUUAGUUAUUUUAAUAUUUUUAUCUUCUUUUACUUCUGGUCCAUGGUUAACCAUCUGAUUACAAUCAUGAUCCUAUUAAAGUAUUAGAUUGUUCAAUUUUCUAUUUGGAGUUGCAACAAUGGAUUGAAAAAGUAAAUUUUUCUGACUCUCCCAUCAAAGGAACUAUCCUUCUACUCCAACUCUAAAUUUACAUCUGACGGGCUGGUUUUUGCUUGCUGUUUCCUCGUUUUAAACCACUUUGACAAACUGUUGAAAAGGCAUAGAUAAUGGCUGAAAACAGUGAAGAAUUUUUAACUGAAGCUUUGCUUCCAGAAGAAUCGAACGAGCUGGUUCACUCUUUCGAUUAUGAAGAGACAGGAUCAGUUAAUAAAAUGUCUGCUGAAGACUAUGACGAUCUAGACGAUGAAGAGGAAGAGGAAGAAGAAGAGGAUGAGAACGUUGUUACCCUUGAAGGGAUCGAACUUAAUGCAAGUGUCAAAACUCUUUGUCAGUUGCUAAAAGUCAAAUACGAGGAUAUUGAAAGCUACGACUUUUAUCUACAAGAUAACAAAUUAACAUUUAACAAAUCUAUAAUUGAACAAUGUAAUUUGGUUGAAGGCGCACGGCAGCAGACCAAAUUAAUCAACAUUAAACUAAUUGUUGAGCUUGAAUCCCGUCGCGUUACCAUUUUGGAUAUUCUUAAACCACCAGAUAAUAAUGUUAAUGUAAACAUUUCAACGGGUAGUCCUGAGGGAAAUGUCGGAUCCCCAUCAACCCCUCCUUCUCACACUAACUCACCAGUUUCUUCAGCUCCCAAUAAACAGAAAAGAUUGAUUGGUGGUAUAAAUCGCUCCAACAAUGGCAGUGGAAUCGCUGUAGGCUCCGGAGCGGAUGGACUUAUUGUUGGUGGGCGAGGCCAAUUUUUACCAUCUCCCGGUAACCGUUCUGGUAAUAAUGGUCAAAUACAAUUAUGGCAAUUUUUACUUGAACUUUUAACUGACGCUGAUUGCCGAGAAUGUAUUAAAUGGGAAGGACGAGAUGGCGAAUUUCGUUUGAUAAAUCCCGAGAUGGUUGCUCAGCUGUGGGGUCAAAGAAAAAAUAAACCAACCAUGAAUUAUGAAAAGCUGAGUCGUGCUCUGCGUUACUAUUAUGAUGGCGACAUGAUUGCCAAAGUCCACGGAAAACGUUUUGUUUACAAGUUUGUUUGUGACUUAAAAAAUCUAAUCGGAUAUGACGCCGCUGAGCUGGAUCGACUUGUUGUUCAGACCCAAAAUCGACGAAUGUCAAAGUACAAUUGAACCGUAUAAGUUUUUACACAAGAAACGUACAAAAACAAAAAUGUUUAGUCUAACCUUGUAACUUUUAGUUCAUCCAUAUAUGGAUUUGAGAUUCAUUAAAAUAAUAUCUCAUAUCUCAAACCUUUUAUUGUCCAAGUUAAAACUCAUUAAAUACAUUUUCCAAAUUAA